UGGCAAAGAAGGAAGAUGAUGUUGAUCUCGGCGUGAAAGGUUUUCUUAUUUAUCUGUGUUGUAUUUUAUGUUAUCUUUCGAGAUAUUGUAUCAAUAGAUAGUUAAAGUUUAUAAAAAUCGAUUUCAAUGGGAUCGUGGGGUAACUCUAGUGAGGAAAUUCUACAACAGCAGUUUCCUCUUCACCGGGCAUGCCGCGAUGGUGACGUGCAGACAGUGGCGGCUUUGUUAGGCGAGCAAAAUGAACUCGGCCCUUCCAAUGGUCUUUUCCAGGAAGACACAUUCUAUGGAUGGACACCGACGCAUUGGGCGGCGUAUUUUGGAAAGCUGGCGUGUUUGAGAAGAGUGCUUUCAUACAGGGAGAGUAAAGGAUUUCCUGAGAUAGACACAUGUACUGGCCAGUUUCAGCAAACUCCCGCCCAUCUGGCAGCCUUUGCUUGUCACCCACAGUGCCUAAGCUGGCUCAUACAGUCUGGGGCAGAUCUCAGCUGUCAGGACUAUCUGGGGGAGACCGCUCUGCACAAGGCGGCCAGGACAGGAAGCAUGGAGUGUGUCAGUUUACUCGUGUCACAGGGGUCUAAGCUGAGUACACUGAAUUACAACAGUCAGACAGCAGCCCAGCUUGCUGUGAGAUGUGGUUUCCCGGAGUGUGCUAAGUACCUGGAGAAAGCUCAUAAGUUACAGCAGCCACCCAGGGGUGUAUUUCAGGAUCUGUUGCCCCCAGGGCCACUCGCUCCUGCCCUGAACGGUACAGAACCAUAUCAUGCACCUCACCAACAAAAACUUGCAGUAAUCUCACAGGGCCUGAAUGGAGGGAUCAUUCCCCCUUCUCUCCUGAAUGGAUCAUGCAGUGGAGUAUCACGUGCUAUGGAGGAGGAUGCCAUGGAUACGGGUGACACCAUGAUGACAGAGGAGGCUGCAGGAGGGAUGCCGUACUUUGCCGAAGCAGGGGAAGAGGUGAUCAGACCCCGAAUGGCGAUGUCUUGCUUGACUCUGGGGUCGUCCAUAAUCACGUACCUGUUGCUGGGCGAAAGAGGGGCAGAGAAGAAGUAGAUAUAGAAUGUUUGAAGAGAAUCCGCAGAGGAGACCCGGAGGGCCAUCAUGUCAGCAUAGACUGGGAUAGAGAGAGCGAUGUUCUCAGUUCGUACACGGCUGUUCUGUCCAUUUCCACUGAGCCCCUGUCCCUACCCCGCGUGACUGAGACGAAUCCAACUUGCGGGGGCAUAUACCAAACCUGGGCUUUUAUGUGAGAUGACCUUUGACCUCGCGAGAAUUCUGGCUGCUGAGAUGUGUCUGUCAAUUGAUUUGCGAUCAAGAUCACCAAGCUGCCUAUACACCUCAGCUGCUUAUUCACCAUGAUCAUAAAACCAUCAGCGUUAUUUAGGGAACACAUCCUGAAAUUAUGCGUUAAAAUAUGAUAGUUUCAAUGGAACAAAUAUGAAAUGUUGAAGACGUGUUGGAAAACAAAAGUACAAAGCAGAGGUAUCAGGAUAAACCUAGAGCUGAAACGAUGUCUUCGAGGAAACCAUCAAAAGUUCUGUUGAGGCUAUAGAUGAAUUGGAAGAAGCCAUCAAAUGUUCAACUGAAGAAAUAAACCAAUUGGAAGAAACCAUCAGUAUGCUGUUGGGAUAAUUCCAAUGAUUACACAAAAAGCUUAUGAUGACGAAGGUAACACUGGAUUCUAUAAGACAUCUUAUCGCUCAGUGACUCGAUGGCCGAAAUUGCAAGCUGUGAUGUCCCGAUGACCAUGAUCAGCAAAGCUGUAAGAAUCCCACACCUCUCUGAUCAGACACUUCUGAUCAGUCUGCAUGAUCGCUCAGUCUUUGAUGUUACACGACAAGGAUGGAGAUUUGUAUGAGAGCUGGGAAGACACAGCCUAGCGGGGACGAGGAACAGACCCCUUCCAUGUUCAGUGUAGAUGGAGUGGAGGCGGUCACCAUCCUUCCCCCGAAGUUUGUGAACCCUAACUUCGGGCGGAUUCCAAACAUACCAGUAGCUGCAGUACCACCGCCAGCUUUCCCUGACAACGGCUUACUGGGUAAUGGGCUACAUCCUUCCCCGCGGCUGGCUGUGCGCUGCGCUCAGCUGAACAGUCACUAUCUGUAAACAGUACCUCACCUCACUAAACCCUCCAGUUAGUUGCUCCAGGACGUGAACGACCAAACGUAACUAUGAACGGCUUCAACAAUGGACACAUGAAUGGCUGCCAGUCUUCGAACGGUAACCAGGAACUAAGCCAUGGUUUCCAGGGCAACCAGGUCAUUGGCAGUGGGAACCAUAGCAACCAAUGGGCUUCAGCUCCGACACCCCCCUUUACAAACAGUGCUUUAGAGCAUCAUUCCACAGUUAAUAUGCAACAAGGGUACGACAGUCUGAUGGUGGAGUCUUUAAUUACUUACACCCAUGGCCUAUAGAGCUACAGGCAGAAAAACAGUUUUUUAUGCAGAUAAAUUAAAAGGGAAAGACAACAUUAGUUGUAAAAUAUGCUUGAAUCAAAAAAUUUGAAAUCAUAAUUUUCAAAAAAUUGUGAGCUUAUUACUAGCCAUAUGAAGACCCAUUUUUGACAAGCAGCAAACUGUUUGCCACUUCUGAAUAAUAUGGCCUACCUAGCUGAAUUACUGCAGUUGUCCUUUCCUUAAAGGUGGAUAACUUGUCAUAGGCAAAUAAAAAAAAAACAAGGCAUAACUUGAGCUUUUUGUGUGUUCUGUUCAAUUUUUUUUUUGAUGACGUUAAAACUGGGCUUGAAGAGAAACUCAGAGCAAGACAGUGCUGUAUUCAGUACAUUCAGGUUGAAAAUGUAAUGUAUUUGUAAAAGCUGUUUUCAUUUUUAAUUAUUGAUGCAUGUUUUAAAAUUAUGUAUGAACUUCAUAUCUGCUUGAAAUGGCUUUCAAACAGAUGCUGUAAGUAAUAUUCAAAAUGCAAGGCAGUAUUGACGCUUUGCACGUCAUGUAAUGGUGCGAAACGCUACAUGUUCAUUGAAAUGCUUUCUUUGUUACAAAAGUUGAUAUGUACACAUAAAUAGAUCUGAAAGGCGAGUUGUGACGAGGAUCUGUUUACAUAGAUUGUCAUUUAGCAGUGUGAAAACGUUUGUGUAAACAGAGAACAACAGGGGAGGCAGUUCUCGAAAGUAUGGUAGAUGAAGUGAACAUUUGCACAUCUUCAUAUUAUUACUAAUUUCUAAUAUUAUAUCAUUUUGUCAUUGUGAGGGCUUAUCUCUCCAUAUUUCGUCUACAAAGGCAUUUAUACCUCAAACUUUAUAAAAAUAGACUUGCAAAGCAUUUUUAACAUUUUAUUAAUGAAAUUGUGUCCGAUAUGGUAUUAAAUGUUUUAAAACCAAUUUUACAAAUUAAGUUAAAGAUAUAUGUGAAAGUGACAUUUCAAAAAGCAAGACAGAUUUGUUGAUUGUGCAGUGUUAGACAAUUGUGUGAAUUAGUCAAGACACAGAAGUUCAUGUAGGCCUAUGGGUGUGAUGAAUUUUCAGUGUAGUGAUGGAAGUACGUUGUUAUCUGUUGACAGUAGUUUUACUGUUGUGAGGGAAAUCAUUUGCCAGUUUAAGAUUCACAACGAUGUAUUGAUUGUCAGUCUGAUAGUCUAACUGUGGUGCCGAGUGUAAUAGAUAGCAUACCUUUCUGUUAAUUUUAACACCUGAACACAUACCACUAAUCAGUAAUUUCAUAUUACGUCAGUCCUGUAAGUGAUGCUCAUUAUAUAUUGUUAAAGCAGAAUGAUCGUUUUUGUAUUAAUGGGUGCAAAAUGAUUGAACACUGAAUUGUAAUGGUUUAGAAGGUGUUGUUUGAACUUAUCUUGUUACUGACAAAUCAUACCGUCCUGUUUUGUCAUGAGAGGUCAUCUUGGACACUGUUGUUGUUGUACAUACUGCUUAAAUAUACUACAAACCAUAUGCUUCAUAGGUGCUUUUUUGUCCCAUGUCAGCUUGGAGCUUAUUAUCGGUGUAGAUCUGAGAUAUUCUUUUUACUUAAAUGUUUUAAAUGUUU